AUGCUAUUAAGACUCGCCGUUGUAUCACGACGUGCACGAUCUGUUUGCCCUGCUGUGUUCAGUCCCCUUCUGUUGGAAGCAGGAUACCUGUCUCAGUCCUCUAGCAAGAGAUACGCUUCUUCUAAACCAACUGACGCCGAUUCUGUUAAGCGAUGUAGGGCUCUCCCAAAACAGUACUCCCAACACACUGCACAACCCAACAACUUCCCGAAAUCGAACGCUACACCGACAAAUGAGCAGCAAAAGAAACGUGAAGGCAAGUCCAGCAUCGCCAGAUCGAUCGACACGGGCAACAAGGAUGUACACAACGGUCAGCUUCAUGCUCUUCCAUUUAGCUUGUUCUUCACUGUCUUUUUAGGACCAAAACGCAAUGAAGUUGGAGUGCAGCUCCUCUCGCGCAGCCUACACUCGCAAAUCUUCGGCAACAUGCAGUUUGAAGCACCAAGAUCAGAUGUUGUUCAGAUCGCACAGGAGCACCUUACAAUGCACGGCCUUGAUCCCUUGCACGGAUCCACGCUACCAGAGACGGACUUCACAUUACCGCCGUUACAAGGAAAGGACCUGGACCAGCAUUUCCAUAGGAUCGGUGCGCGCGCUUGCGAUCCAUGGCUCCGGCUUGCCCAAACCUUUGCACGCGAGACACUGCCUGAGAUACCGAUGGAAUGGACGGUUCAGUCAGGAUGGACGCGUCACUGCAUCAAGAAUGGCUUGAUGGAGUCCCAGUCAGUUGAUUUCCCAGAGUUUGAGGGGAAGCCGGAGGAGAUGCUUGCCUUCAACGUGGAGACGUUGCCGGCGGACAGUCCAUAUCCCAUCUUGGCAUGCGCGGCCUCGAAAAACUGCUGGUACUCAUGGAUAUCGCCGUGGUUUCUCGGUGAAGAUGACGUUCACAAGCACCUGAUACCGAUAGGCGGCUCCGAGGUUGGCCGCGUGAUCGUCGGCCAUAAUGUCUCUUACGAUCGCGCGAGGAUCUUAGAGGAGUACAAUUUAAAUGGCACACGGAACCGCUUCCUCGACACCAUGUCUCUCCACGUUGCUGUGCAGGGCAUCUCCUCGCAUCAGCGUCCGGCGUGGCAAAAGCAUCGGAAGUCUCAAGAGGAGACCAAGGCGCUGAGGCAGCGAGCAUUAGAGCAGGGUUUCGAGAAGUUACAUGACUUGAUAGAGUAUCAACAGAAAAAGCUGGCUGAGGAAAAGCACGAUACCAAGAAGGAGGAGAUCAGACAGAUGCUACGAAAGUUAGAGGAUGCACUGGAAAAUCUUCAAUCUCACGCGACCGAGGAGACCCAUGACGAUGAAGAACCCCCCGCCGGGCAAUGGAUGGAUGUGACGUCUGUGAAUUCCCUUGCAGAAGUUGCGAAGCUGCACUGCGGAAUCAAGAUGAAGAAAGCCGUGGGAGAGGACUUUAAGUGCUCCCGGGAGGAGAUCCGCGAGCGCAUUCAGGACUACCUCACCUAUUGCGCGACCGAUGUCGAUGUCACGCACAAAGUGUUCGCAAAGAUCCUUCCGUCGUUCCUCGUAACUUGUCCGAGCCUCGUCUCGUUCGCUGGGAUGCUGACGAUGGGUUCGAGCUUUCUGACUGUCAACCAGAAAUGGAAGCAGUACAUCGAGGCCGCCGAGCACGCGUAUCAUGUGUUGGCAGAUAAGGUUCAGGCACGCCUUCACGAGUUGGCCAGGGACGCGAUGAAGAUGAUGGACACUAACGAGUGGCAGAGUGAUCUUUGGCUCAGUCAAUUGGACUGGACGCCGAAGAAGGCUGGGAAGUCGAGGGGUGUGUCUGAGCAGCAGACACGACCCAGCAAUCGGCCACAGUGUUCUGAUCCAACUUACUCAUGGUAUCAAACUUUAUGCACCCUAGGCCCUCUCGAUCCAAAAAUUAAAAUGACCGUCCUCCCUCUCCUCCUCGAGCUGUCUUUUGACGGACAUCCUCUUCAAUAUUCUUCAACUGAAUGGUGGUACUACGUUCCUGACGGCAAAGUCACCCUACUUCCAGAACGGAUAAAAGUCACGGGUGCUUCUACUACGAAAAGAGUGAAGCUCAAGGACCCUCUAGGAUCACUGCGCGGCCGUGCGCUUUUUGACAGCGGUCAUCUGAAAUGCAAGUAUCCAGAUCUAGCAGAUGCAAUCUAUCAAGAAAGCGAUUUGUCUGACACUUCGAAACGCAUUCUCGAAAUUGCCGAGAAGAUCGCGCGCAGAGGCCCAGAAAAGGUAAAGAAGAAUAUAUCGUUGAAGCAGCUUGACUGGGAACCGGUAGAGGGCUCUGCGUCUCCAUCGACGAAAAGGAGGAGAAAGACAUUGUCCCUGACCGCGGCCAAACCUGCGCCCGUCAUGUGGCCCAAAUGGUUCUGGGAUUCUACCACGCCAAAGAAAGGCAUGGAGCUCGGUUCUCUUGACCUUACCGUGCGCAGCCGCAUCGCACCGAUCCUUCUCCGUCUCAGAUGGCGCGGAUGGCCGUUGUUCUACUCGCACAAGCAUGGGUGGACAUUCCGCGUGGAUCCUAAUACCGGCUUCGACACCCGAACGAAAAAGCUCGAGUUUCACGACCCUGAGGAUUCGAGGCUGCAGGCGGACGUGGAGAAAGGGCACGCAUUUUACAAGCUCCCACACAAGGACGGCGAGAAGGCGAAUGUGGGGAGCCCGCUCGGGAAGACGUUCAUGAAGUACGCGCAGGAUGGGACGCUGACUAGUCCGGAGGCCACCGCGGCGGAGGCGCUUGAUAUCAGUGCGCAGUGUAGCUACUGGAUUAGUGCGAGGGACCGAAUCAAGAAGCAGAUGGUCGUGUGGCAGAAGGAGCACGACUUAGGCUUUUCGUCUUUGGAGGAGAAAGACAAGGAUUGGGGUAUAAUCUUGCCUCAAGUUAUCACCAUGGGCACGAUCACACGACGGGCGAUCGAGAAGACAUGGCUGACUGCGAGCAAUGCCAAGAAGAAUCGCGUAGGUUCUGAGCUGAAGGCGAUGGUCACUGCGCCUCCAGGGUACGCGAUCGUGGGUGCAGACGUGGACUCUGAAGAGCUGUGGAUCUCCAGCGUCAUGGGUGAUGCACAAUUUGGUCUGCAUGGCGCGACAGCACUCGGAUGGAUGACAUUAGAGGGCACGAAAGCAGCAGGGACGGACUUGCAUUCGAAGACCGCGAGUAUCUUGGGCAUCUCGCGUGACCAAGCGAAGGUCUUCAACUACUCGCGAAUCUACGGUGCAAGCAUGCGGUAUGUCGUGCUCCUUCUGCUUGAGUCAAACGCGAACAUGUCGGAGGGUGAGGCACAGCGGCUCGCACGGAAUAUGUACGCGUCCGCCAAGGGCCAUAGCACCCGCGCACCGGGCCUACAUGAGCGCCAAUUUUGGCACGGUGGCUCGGAGAGUUUCGUGUUCAACAAAUUGGAAGACAUCGCGCUUUGUGACGAGCCGCGGACGCCUGCGCUCGGGUGUGGCAUGACAUACGCACUGUCAACGAAGUAUCUGCCGACGGAUUUCGGUUCGAACUACAUGACCUCGCGAAUCAAUUGGGUCGUCCAGUCCUCCGGCGUUGACUAUUUGCACCUCCUCAUCGUCUCAAUGGACCACCUGAUCAAAAGGUAUGGCAUCAAAGCGCGGUACCUGAUCUCGGUACAUGACGAGCUGCGGUACCUUGUGAAGAAGGAGGAUAGAUACCGCGCCGCGCUUGCGCUUCAGAUUGCAAACCUGUGGACGCGCAGCCUGUUUGCGCUGAAGCUGGGGAUGGACGACCUCCCGCAGGGUGUCGCGUUCUUCUCCUCGGUCGACAUCGACCAUGUGCUGCGGAAGGAGGUCAACAUGCCGUGUGUGACGCCGUCGCACCCCGAAGCGAUUUCGCCUGGCGAGAGCGUGGACAUCACACAGGUGCUGGAGAAGACGAACGGCUCAUUGUGGGCCAAGGACGAGAGCGGACAGACGAGACCGAUGGAGGAGGCUGUGGAGACCUCACCUACGGGCGACCUCAGGCUCACGAGCUACGUGCAGCCUGAUUGGCUGAAGCAUCGCGCGACCAGUAUUGAAUGGCUGAAGGCGCAGGCGACGGCGGACGUUGAGGAGAUCGAGAAGCUCGCGGGUGGGCCUAUUGAGAAGCCUUUGGGCUGGAAAAGUCAAAGGCCAUCAACUUAUGGGAAGCGUAAUACGUCGUCACAAUUUUCGUCGUAUUUCUAG